AUGGAGGAGCCCAAAAGCACGCUGCCUUCCUUCCGCUGUGAGAUAGUCGAGGAUGAGAGCUGCCUCGGUGACGGCCAAGGCUCUGAUAACCUUGCCCGUGGCAAAGCCUUGUUCGACCAGGAGUCUUUGUCUGCGUUUGUUUUCUCUUCGGCUAUGGAGGCGCCGCUGGCGGCGGCCCGACAGCGAUGGCAAGAUGCCGGCGCUGUGGAGGUGGCUAGUGCUGGGGCCGUUGGCUGGGAGCCGCAGGGAGCUGGUGUGGAUGCUCGUCAGGCCCGUCAAGCUGUUUUUUCGCCUCUGGGCCGCCUGCUCUUCGACCUUGAUGCCGAUGUCUUGGGCCUCACGGGGCCCAAGGCCUUCGGGCCGCCAUCCAAGCUACCUACAGGAGGCAUGGAGAUCUACUCUGCCCUGGAGAGGGACGGAGCCCUGGAGCUUGGUGACGUGAACCUUCCACCAGAACUGCAGGCCGAGGCGCUCUCGGCACUAACGCGGGGACCAGCAUUGUCUGCAGCCCGGCCAAAGCUGCCGGCCCUCGAGACAUGGCUCCGCACGAAUUUGGCUCUUGCCUCCGCGGUGGCUGCCUACCUGGGCGGACGCGCUGUGCUUCAUGGAUACAAGGUAGUGCACCUUCCAUCCACACUGACUACCAAGGAGUUCAUCUCGGCCCAUUGGCAUCACGACCGUGCCGGGCGACGGCUGAAGUUGUUCCUGCGCCUGAACGAUGUCGAUCCGCUCGAGGGCCACCCAACACAGGUGGCGCUGGGCUCGCAUCGAUUGUCCUACUACUGGCAUGAGGAGUUCGAACAGUCGCGUUACGCUGACCUCUACGUCCGCAGCCACUUCGAAACAUUGCGCUUGGCAGGGAGGAAGGGCACAGGCUACAUUUUCGACACCAACACCAUCCACAAGGGGACACCAGAAGGCUCCCAAUCUCGCGACGUCAUUGUUGUCGAGUACCACCACGCUGCCAAGUGUGGUCUCAUCAGCUCACUGGGGCUUAACAUCCCUUGUCCUUCCGGCGACCAGAAAGCUUUGAACUGGUACUUUGAUCUCACAGAGGGCAAGGUCCGAUGGAUUCCGGAGAACCUCGAAGAAGCGGCCGAAGAAGAAAAAACUUCGGGCAAAAGGGACUUGGCCCAUGCGCUUUGCGACAAGCUCGUGGCGACUCGCUUGCAACGGAGCCUUGGUUGGGACGCGAACGGCCAGUUGAAGGACGGCCUGCAUGCCCAAAUCCUGAUGGAGAAGCCGUCAUUCGUGCGAAUUGACCGGGAAGCCCGGCGUCCUGACAGCAAUGCAUGGUUUGGGGAGGAAUCCAAGAGGAUCCCCUUGAAGUAG